AUGUCUGACGAGGAUCGAGAGAUUCCGUUGACCCUUUCAACGGGAAACUUUGGCCAAUCACAGGCACGAGCUCGUCAGGUUGUUUCGCCGGCUCCCGAUAAAACAGGCAGUCCAGCGAGUCGCCGCCUUCAAGUCGUUCUUGUUAUGGAUUUAAAGGUUCAGAAAAAUUUGCGUUCUCGAGAAUUGGCGGCAAAUGAUGUGCAGAAAGUGACUGAUCAGCUGAAUGUUCAAUUGACGAAACUCGAGUUCGAUCGUUUGGAUUUCGGUGAGACGAACACGCUGGACACUUUUUACAGCGCUGAUGUGGCGCUUGUUGAUGUUUCUGUGCCGCAACAACAAGCAUCACUAUGUUAUCAUAUUGGUGUCCGGGAAAGUAUGGGUCAAAACUACAAUCUCAUCCUCACACUUCUCGACGAAACCGAUAACAAGCUCGAGACGUUAAAGCAAACCCUCCGCCAUCAAAUUCUCGUCUACUUCACAACGCCCGACUCGGCGCAUUUGAUGUCAACCGAGAAAAAGGAAGGCGUUGAUUUCGGAGAAUCGACGAAUCUCACGAAAUCUGACUGUAUCCGCGGGAAAAUUGUCCAAUUCAAGCAUCGUCUAAAGAUGGCGCUCAAAAAUGUGCAAGUCGAGGCAAAUGCUCAUUCUCGCGAGAAAUUCCUCUCGGAUAUCCGAAAAGUGCGCGAAAUCACCGAUGUGAGCGAGGCGAAUGCUUUCCUUGACAAAAUGCGCAUUCGACUCGAUAAUCCGGAUGUGUUGAGUGUGGACACGGUGCAUCAAUUGCUCUUGGGAUACAGAGACAAGCAGAACUAUGAGGGAAUGAUCUCGUUGAUCGAUGAGCUGAAGAAAGUCCCGGGUUGUGGCGUCCUCCAGGCACAAGCGAUUCGUUUUCUCUAUGCCUUUGCGUUAAAUCGACGAAACAAGGGAAACGAUCGCGAUCGCUCGCUGGAGACCGUCUUGAAAAUAAUGACCGAUGCGGAGAAAGUAAAAGAUGGAAAAGAUCCAAAGGAUGCUUUAAGUCCGGAUAUGAUUUGUUUGGCUGGGAGAAUUUAUAAAGAUAAAUUCUGCGCGAGUGGUUAUGAGGAUAAAUCGAGUCUGGAUAGUGCGAUUCAAUGGUAUCGAAAAGCUUUUGAAUUAUCCCCAUUGGAGUACUCGGGAAUCAAUUUGGCGACUCUGCUUCGCGCAAGUGGCGAAACGUUCGAGAAUAACCCGGAAAUGUCGAGAAUUGGUCUUGUCCUGAAUUCGCUGCUCGGCCGGAAAGGAGCCCUUCAAUCAUUGCAAGACUACUGGGAUGUGGCCACUUUCUUUGAGGUCUCCGUUCUCGCCGAAGAUUACUCGAAAGCCUGUCAAGCCGCGUUGCGAAUGUCCCAAUUAAAGCCCCCAGUUUGGCAUCUUCGAUCAACAAUGGAGAACAUCAAAUUAAUCAACAGAUGUGCGGCCACAAUGAGCCCAAUUGAAAAGGACAAACAACAAUUCCUCUUUUGGACUGAAUUCUUCAUGGAGGCUACCGAGAGUGAAACGGCUCCCAUUCACUGUGCCCGGUUUCCCGUACUCAUUCAAGAGCUCAAGCAAUUCACUCCAUCAUUUCUGACGAUGAAUGUGCAAGAAGGAUCGAUCAUUUUGAGUCAUGUACUUGAGAAUUCACAACAGAAAAAACCGCCACCAGGCAUCCAUCGUUGGCAUUUUACUUCGGGUACCGUUUACGCGGCUCGCGAUCUCACCACUCAACGCCAAAUUGUUGUCAAGGAAAUCGAAGUGAAAUUCGAUGAAGAGGUUCAACCUCUAAUGGAAGAGAUUCAACUCCAUUCUACACUUCUUCAUCAAAAUAUUGUUCAAUAUUUGGGUUGUGAUUUGUUAAAGAGAGACACGGGAAAUGAUGUGUUUUUGAUUUUCAUGGAACAUGUUCCCGGUACUCUUGUUUAUAUGGCUCCCGAGGUAAUCGAUCAUGGUCAACGUGGAUAUGGAGCACCGGCUGAUAUUUGGAGUUUCGGAUGUACUUGUGUCGAGAUGGUCACCGGCAAACCACCAUUUCUAGAGCUUCUUUCUCCUGAAGCUGCUCUUUUCCGUGUUGGAAUGUUUAAAUGUCAUCCACCAAUUCCAGAGGAAAGACUUUCUGAGAGAUGUGUUCAAUUUAUAAAAAGUUGUUUCGAACCCGAAGCCAUGUUGAGACCAACAGCUUCAAAACUUUAUGAUGAGAUUGGAGACAUUCUAAAUCGUACCUAUUCGGCUUCACCAGUCGAUCCUCCAUCAGUCUGCUCUUCGCCAAAUCCAAUGUUCUUGCCGUUUAGCCAGCCAAAUAGCCCGAUUUCCGACGACAUUCAACAGCCACAAUUGGUGACCAGUCCCGGCUCAGUUCUCUCGACUCCAAUGAGUGUCGGACACGGACCAUUGCUCAAUCGCACAAUCUCCGAUGAAACAGGCCAUCAACGCUUUUUUAUGUUGAAGAAAGAUUCGGAAAGACGACAUUAUUUGGCUCGUUUCAUGAAUGAAGAGAAAGAUGAGAUUGUCAACAUUUGGUUCACUCAACUGAUGCACACGGCAAAAUCGAGCCCAUGUGUUACAAGAAACAUGUUGAUGACACUUUUAAUGGGAAUGAAAGAUUAUCUUGUCUACAAGAAUAACGAAAAGAUUCAGGACGCUCUGAACGAGAUUCGUCAUCAACUCGACUAUGAGCCGACAUCCGUUUCACAGAUCAAUCUCGCUCUGUACGCCUUCUCAGAUGCAAUGCAGCCAGUGCUACGGAAACAAAUCAUCAAACCCCAUUGGAUGUUCGCUCUGGAUAAUCUCAUCCGAUCAGCUGUGCAGGCUGCCGUGCAAAUUUUGAGCCCUGAUUUGUCGGCUGUCUUACAGGUUCACGACGUAGCCGCGACCCCAUCAUCGACGGCGACCGGUCAACGGCCGUCUGUUAGCCGAGACAGUGCCGUGAGUGAAGGUGAUGCAACGGAUAGCCGCCCUCCAUCAGCUCCACCAGCUUUCGAGUCAACAGUCGUUCGAGAAAAACGAGAAAACAUACGAGGAGUCCAUGAUGAUAAUAAACAACUAUUUGAUCACUUACUCGAAGUGGAGAAAGAAUUGAACACUUUACUCCAAAUCAUCAUCACUGAUAAGAAAAGAAAAAUUGCGAAUUUGAAGGAAUUCACUGAGAGACCGGAAUUGAUGAUCUCUCAAUUGCCAUCACUUUCAACUCUUCCGAAUGGAUUGACAAAUGGAGGAUCGACUCAAUCAAUUCAACCAAUCAGCAAUGGAUCAUCGCCGAGGACAUCCGUGCCAAGAUCAACCGAAGAAGUAGUCUCUUGGUUGAGAAGUCUCGACGUUGAUGAUCACUCAAUUCAAUGUGUUUUACGGGAGGGGUAUUCAAAAUCGGAUCUCCUUGAAUAUGUGACAAGGGAGGAGUUGAGGCAAUGUGGAGUAAGCGGCGGCUCAUCGUGUCGAAUCUUCCGCGCUUGUCAAGAAGUCCGAGAUCGUUCUCGUCGCGGUCAAGCUUUCCUCUCGGCUCCACUUCGGAGUCGAGACGAUUCCCUGGACGACUACCAUUCAUCGAUAGCAGCUGAUGAGAUGGGAAAUCCCGAUCAUUUUCAUCAU